GUGGUGCUGAACGGACAGCGGCGCCCGGUGCCGCCGUCCUCUUCCCGCAACGCACGCGCUCACACCGCGAUGGCGAUGGGCGCACACGCGAAGAAAGGAGGCUCGAGGAGCGUAGCAGUGGAACGGAAGAACCUGAUCACCGUCUGCAGGUUUUCGGUGAAGACCUUGCUGGAGAAGUAUACGGCAGAACCAAUCGACGACUCCUCAGAGGAAUUCAUCAAUUUUGCCUCCAUUCUCGAGCACAUCCUCAGCCACCGCUUUAAAGGAGCAGGGAGCUGGUUCGAUGGCCAGCGCAGUUUCUGGGACUUCAUCCGCCUGGCCUGCAGUAAAGUGCAGAACAGCUGCAUCGGCAGCAUCGAGAACAUGGAGAACAUCAGCUCGUCUCGAGCGAAGGGCAGAGCUUGGAUAAGAGUUGCACUGAUGGAAAAACGUCUGUCCGAAUACAUCGCCACAGCGCUGAGAGACAGCCGCACCACCAGGAGGUUCUAUGACGAAGGGGCCAUAAUGUUAAGAGAAGAAGCCAGCGUUCUUACAGGAAUGUUAAUUGGACUCGGAGCAAUCGACUUCAGUUUCUGUUUAAAGGGAGAGGCUCUGGAUGGAAAAACGGAGGCGGUGAUUGACUAUACGCCAUAUCUCAAGUUCACUCAGAGCUAUGACUACCUGAGCGAUGACGAUGACUGCUGCAGCGUGGAUAGCAGUAACAGUGACGACAGCAUUCCUGAGCAUCCCUACAUCCCGCUGGUCACGGACGAAGAUAGCUGGAGGAACAAAUGUCGCAGGAUGGAGCAGAGGUUCAAGAUCGUCAGUGCCCAGAAGGGCUACCUGGAGGAGCUUGUGCGAUUGCGGGAGUCGCAGCUGAAGAAUUUGGAGAUGGAAAACAAGAAACUAAACAAGAAACUGGAGGAAAUUCAGCUUCAGAGCCAUCAAGAGAAAAGAGAAUUGGAGUCUGUUGUAUUGGAGCUCCAGGAGCAGCUGACAAGUCUGAUUCCAGGUGAAGCUCAUCCUUUGUCUAAGGAUAUGUCUAUUCCUCUUGUAAACCAGUGGCCAUCACUCCACACCUACAACAACCAGGAAGAAAGCCAGCUCUACUGCAGCCACAGUGGAAGCUUCCAGAGUCCUGAGCUUCUCUCAGCACACAUCAGCUUGGACUCAGAUUCCCAGAAGGCUGAGGGGAAGCCAAAUGGCCAGCCUUGGUGCAGAGCAGAUAAAGACUUCACGCCCUCCAUCUUAGGGCUUUGUGGUUCCCUGAACUCGUUACCCAGCUGUAAGUCUCUGCCCAGCCUGAGGUCCACAGAGUGCCUGGUGAACAUUAGCGCAGAGCCAAGUCCUGCUCUCACGCCCAGCUAGAGCCACACGCAAACACACAAACCAAACUUUUUUUUUUUAAUCAGCAAAGGCACCCAAAGACACAGCGGCUGGUAAUUUUCCCAUUUUCAGUGUUCAAUGCAAAUUGUGUGUGUAGUAUAUUCCAGAAACCAAUUAUUGGCACAGGAUUUCACACUCUCUCCUAAUUUCUGCUACUUACUAUUUCCUUUCUCCUGUUUGACUGUUUGCUGUCGUGUCUCUGGGUGUCUUUGCCAUACACUUUUCCUCCACUGUGGACUAUGCACCGACUGCCUAACCACCUGACACACACCUCGAGCUAAACAGUUCAUGUUUUCUUAGCACCUGCCAUGUUUGUUUUUUCCCUUUAAUUAAUCAGUGAGUCUUCUGCAAAAAAAAAAAGUGCACAAGGAUAUAAUGUAUGGUUAUAGCAUCAUUUUGAGAAGUGGUCAUAACUAGAAUAGCUGCCUUUUGCCUCGUUUAAUUAGUUCCAUUUUUGUCUGAAGAUGAACCGAACUGCCAAAAGAUGGUAAUAUUAUUUAACAGCCAUUUCGGUGCCACGUAAAAAGAUGCAUACUGAAAAUAAAUAUGUAUAUCUGUACUCUUACAGACCAGUACAUAUAUAAUCUACUGUACAUGUAACUGCCAGUUGUCUUUUUGCGUUAGUGCCAUCAGAAUCUGUUCUAACCUCCUUAUGAACACUUGGAGUUUAUUGGAUUAAAAAGUCUAAUUAAACCUUUGUUGUGUGAUUGAGGCUGAGGUUGUCAUUAGACAGUCGUUUCAGUUGUAAUUCUUAUUCAUUUUAACGUUGCAAAGUCAUGUUUAUGACACUACUGGAAAUCUGGCUGUUCCUGUUCUAACUGCAAUAAAAUAACUGCCUCGUUUUGGACAA